GAGAGAUCGUUCGCUUCAGAGAUGAAGAGCAACAGCGCCCAAGAACCGUGUGAGGAUCAGCUGUCCGACAUCAGCAGCCAGGAGGCGUCCAACUCCUCAUCCUGCCCGCCGGCCACCCUCGAGCUGUCGCUCACCGUCACCGCCGCCGCAACCACCACCGAGUCGAGCACCACCGACAGCAACGCCGGCAGGGGUGCGCAGGCCGCGGCUGCCGCGCGGGAGCCGGCGCGCGUGUUCACGUGCAACUACUGCCAGAGGAAGUUCUUCAGCUCGCAGGCGCUGGGCGGGCACCAGAACGCGCACCGGCGGGAGCGCACGAUGGCCCGGCGCGCCGUGCACCGUCUUGACGCCUACCCCUACGGCUACGCCGACGUGUCCUCCCUCCCUCUCUACGGCUCCCACGGCCUGUACCCCAUCGGCAUCCAGGCGCACGCGUCGGCGCACCACCCCGGCGUGGCCGUGCCGGCGCCGGCGGAGCGGCAGCAGCAGCUGCAGCAGCAGGACCAGGCGCGUGCGAGGGCGCUGCUGGGCCCGAUGCCGUUCCUCGUGGGCGCCGACGAGGAGGCCAGCUUCGGGUGGCCCGGAAGCUUCAGGCCACCACCAUCGGCUGGCGGCGUGCUCCCCGCUGGCGCGGCCCUCCACCACUCAGGCUCCUUCUUCGGCGGCAGCAGCGGCAGCGUGGUGGUGCAGGCCGACGAGGAGCCCGACCUGACGCUUAGACUCUAGCCAGUCAGUCCGUACGACGUCGAUCGCCCGUAGGUUGGUGUAACUGGAUCGUCAGGUUCUUGAGAAUUGCUAGCUUUGCUCCCGCUUGAUGUCGAUCAGAUUGUUCAGAUCAUAAUGGUGGUAGACGACCCGUAUUGUUUCAUGCGAGAGUACGUGGAAGUAUUUUUGUACAGCUUUGGUGCUCUUCUGUGGUAUUGGUAGUAACGUGUACUCUGGAGUUUCCUGGGUAUAAGAUUCAUGUAUAACCAUGUUACCCAUGCAUUUCGGAUUGCUUUUC